UCCCUCAGAGAGCCAUGAGGAGCAGAUUCUCCCUGCUGCCUACUUCCAUCAAACCAACCGAAUGCACCCAGACAGGCUUCAGCUGGAAGCAGCCAAUACCAUCUCAGCCUAUCUCCAUCCACCCGUGUAUUCCCAUCAUCAAGGCAGAUCGAUGGCCGAAUCACAGACUUUCAGAAACACUGGGCUGAGCACUGGGCCACGCUCUGGCAAGAUGGAUCACCUCAACCGGCCUGGCUGGAUCACUUCUCCCCACCAGCUGAGCAACUCCCUCAGAAACAUCACUAGACCCUCCUGGCUCACGAACCGACAGACAUCGAGCCUACUGCAUCACUUGGGCAUCUCAAAAAACGAUGCCGACAGUGCUGAGGUGUGCCUGACGGAUUGCAGGCGGGAGCCUGAGGAAGGGGAGGCCUACUGUAGCAGUGACUUCGCGUUGAACGGGAUUGUUCAUGAUGUCACCCCAAUACACCAAGGAACGCACUUGGUGAUGCUGUUGGUCAACAGGAACGGACUGUAUAAGACGAACCGGCUGUACCUCAACCCUGAUGGCUUCUUCUUCCAAGUUCACAUAUUAGUUGUGGAUGCCUUGAACUGCAGUAAACCCUGUCCAGGCUUCAAACUUGGCAGCAGAUACAUCGUGAUGGGUCAGAUCUACCACCGGAGACGGCAGCUUCCUGCAGUUCUACAAGAGCAUGUGAGAGGGCGCCUGAGGCCAGGUGAUGGGCUGCUUUGGAGGGGCAGAGGCUAUGUGAGCAGGUUCAACAGGAGGCGAGACCAGAGGGUUCGAGGGGCGGCUCAUGCCCAGUGCGGGUGAGGAUUCCAGCACCGCCGUGGCUCCUGGGGUUGAAGUCAGUGGAGGGCUGCUGCCAAAAAAAGUCUCUGCGCUUGCCACGGGCUUUUCUACCUUCUCUGCCAACAGCCGACAGGUCUUGUUAAGGAGCGGAGAGUGCAGCGGCCCCUUAAAAACAAGCCCAGUUAUUGAGCUAUGCGACUUCACCCACCUCCAGAUAACCUGCCAGUCCACAAGAGCUACAAUAAAUAAUUUGUUUUAAGGCA